AUGGCAGGGGAAGGGGAGCUCAACCGUGUCAUCAAGGACCUGCAGAGUAAGUGUGCCAACCAGUCCCCUGCCAGCAUGUUCCCUGCAUGGCGCAUCUCACCCUGGCCAUGCCAGAUCCCUUCUUGCACCCAAGUCAUGGGCAGUGGGGGGUCCCAGCCCUGCCAUCCCGCAGAGACCGUGGCCGAGCUGAAAUGCAGCUACCAGGAGCAGAACCUGCCGGUGACAGACGGGAGCCGGGAGCUGCACAGCCUUUGUGCCCAGCUAGAGUUCCUCCUCCAGUUUGACCUCAAGGAGAAGAGGAGCUUCUUUGGGCAGCGCAAGGACUACUGGGACUUCUUGUGCCAGGGCCUGGCACGGUGCCGGCAGGAGCAUGAAGGCAUUCACUUCGUCACCUCCCUGGACAAGCUGAAGACCCCUGUGGGCAGGGGCCGAGCCUUUCUGCGGUACUGCCUGGUGCACCGGCAGCUGGCAGAGUCCCUGCAGCUCUGCCUCCUCGACCCUGAGAGCCUCUGCGAGUGGUACUACGCCCGUAGCCCCUUCCUGAGCCCCAAACGGCGAGCAGAGAUCCUGGGCAGCCUCUAUGAGCUGGACUGUGUCACCUUCCACCUGGCUCUGUACAGGAGUGACCUGGACACCGCCUGGCCCAUGUUUUCUGAGCCACUGGUACGGCCCAGCCCGGUGAUCAGGAGCAGCCCAGCAAAGACAGCCCUGCAGACAGACAGGAUGGGCACAGUGGCACAUGGAUGGUCUGACGGCACUGGCCAUCCCACUGUGGCACUCCAUGGGGCACCAGCCCAUCCCUGCCCACCCACUUGGGCUGCCCUGCAGGCAGGGAGUGUGCAAGAUACAGAGGAAGAUGUAGAGGAUGGGCAGGUGAAGAAGAACAUGGAAGAGGAGGAUGAAGAGGAAGUGGAGGAGGAUGACAGUAAGGAUACAAAGGAUGUGAAGGUGGAGGAUGUGGAAGUGGACGUGGAGGAAGAUUUGGAAGAGAAGCAUGAAGAGUUGGAGGAGGAUGAGAAGGACAUGAAGGAUGUGGAUGUAGAGGAACUGGAGGAUGCACAUGGGACUGGCAAAGCAGCCCAGCCUGGCACGUCCCCACUGUCCCCUGGCACAAGAUGCAUGCUGGGGUCCCUGUCACUGGUGCCCAGGCAGCCGGGUGGGACAGAGCAGUCCCUGCAGGCGCUGGUGUCGCAGCUGAGGGCCGAGCUGGGGCAGCAGGAGGCGGCAGCCCAGGCGCUGGCGGCGCGGCUGGCACGGGCAGACUGGCGGCAGCGGCGGCAGGAGGAGGGCAGUGCCCGGUGGGCACAGCUCUGGGCACGCCAGGAGGAGGCACUGCGGGAAACCAACGCCUUCCUGCAGCGGGCACUGGAGGCAGCGGUGGCAGCGGGGGACCCGGGGGCACUGGAACGGGCACAGGAGGAGGCACGGCGCUGGCAAGAAGUGGCAGAGGAGCGGGGUACCCAGCUGGCCAGGGCACUGGCAGAGGCGGCGGCGCUGACCUCGCGCCUGCAGGAAUGCCAGGAAGCGCUGGUGGCGGCAGGACAGACAGACGUGCUGAAGGGUGCUGAUACCUCAAACGAGGUGGCUGCCGUGGAGGAGGUGCUGCGGCAGGCACUGGAGCUCGCCCGUGGUCCCCAGGAUCUCCCAGGAGCCCAACGGGCAGAAGGGGAGCCCAGCACAGUCACUAGCAUGGCCAUGUGCUUGGCCAGCCUGGCUGCCUCAGCACAGGAGGAGACGUGGCAGAGCCGGCAGCAGCUCCAGGCCCAGCGACAGGAGAUGGCACGGCUGCAGGAGGAGCUCAGCAGGGCCCGGCAGGACGGUGAGCGCUGGGCAGCGGCGCUGCAGCGGGCGCAGCGGGAAGCCCUGGAGCGGGAGGCCACGCGCGGCGCCGAGCAGGCCCGGCAGCAGGAGCUCAUCCGCGACAUGAAGGGGCGGCUGCUGGAGCUGCUGCGGGAGAAGGAUGCCUUGUGGCAGAAGACAGAGGGCAUUGACACGCCGGUGCCCAGCCCGGUGCCCCGCGACCCAGGGCUGUGUGCCCGCUGCCACAAGGAUUUCCGCCUCCUCUCCCGGCGGUACAGCUGCAGGCUCUGCCAGGGCAAGGUGUGCCACACCUGCUCCGUGGACAUGGGCAAGCACGGCCGCUGCUGCCUGAUUUGCUACCAGCAAAGGCACCCGCAGGCCACAUGA